CACGUGCGCUGUGGAAAUCCUCCGCUCUUUCCGGGGGUGGAAGUUCACGAAUUAAACGCACAAGUGGCGGGAGUUGUUGUCAAGUACGAUCUGAUCGAAGUCACCACAUUGAACAAAGAUGGAUGCUAAAAGGCGGAAUAGCGGUCCGCCGAGGGGCGGGGCGUCCCAGGCCAAGCGUGGUAAAACUGGCGGGGAUUGGGAAGACAGCCCGUCGAUCUUCGAGGAGGAACUCGCCCUUUUCGAAGAAGCUGAUAUGGAGGCGGAGGAGAGGGAAGGACAGGCGGGGCAUGACGUCAUCCCUGUUGGUGAGCUGUUCUCUGCUGACCUCAACCCCCGAUGGCGUAGGCCGCAGGCCGCCCCUCUUAACCCGGACUCUGACACCCUGGUCUUCCAACAGAUUGACCUCGACUACUAUUUAGGGGCUGUUGUGGCUGGCAUGCCGGGUCAGUCUCAGGGGAAUGUUCCAAUAAUCCGCAUGUUUGGGGUGACUGACAGCGGGAACAGUGUGUGCUGCCACGUGCACGGCUUUGCCCCCUAUUUCUACAUCCCUGCCCCCAAUGGGUUCACCAGUGAUCACUUGAGUGAGUUCAAAAGGGAGCUUAACUCUGCUGUGCUGAAGGACAUGCGCUCCAACAAGGACAACAUAUCGGUCACUGUGCUGGCGGUGGACAUCACACGCAAAGAAAGUAUGUAUGGUUACCAUGGGAAACGGAUUGCGGACUUCCUGCGCAUCACCAUGGCAAUGCCCCGUCUGAUUGCCCCAGCGAAGAGGCUCCUGGAGCAGGGAUUUAAGUUUGAACCAUUCCCCAUUCAGAGCUUCUCUUCCUACGAGGCUAACAUCGACUUUGAGAUCAGGUUUAUGGUGGACAGCGAUGUGGUGGGUUGCUGCUGGAUUGAGCUGCCCAAAGGGAAGUACCGGGUGAGGGAGGAGAGGAUGUUGGGGGAGACGGACGCUCACCACCCAGGCAAGGAGUCUCUGUGUCAGUAUGAGGUUGAUGUGGGAUGGACCCAGCUGAUCAGUCACCCAGCAGAGGGAGAGUACCAGAGGAUCGCUCCUCUCAGGGUUCUCAGCUUUGACAUUGAGUGUGCUGGAAGAAAAGGGAUUUUUCCAGAGGCAGAGAAAGACCCAGUGAUCCAGAUAGCCUCCAUGGUGCAGCGACAGGGAGAGAAGGAACCCUUCAUCCGCACCGUCUUCACCCUCCAGUCCUGCUCCAGCAUCGUGGGCUCCCAGGUCCUGUGCUUUACUAAAGAGAGCCAGUUACUACAGAGCUGGGCUGAGUUUGUGAGGACAGUGGAUGCAGACAUCAUCACUGGGUACAACAUACAGAACUUUGACCUUCCCUACCUGCUGAACAGAGCAGCUACCCUGAAGGUCAAGCUGUUCCCCUACCUGGGCAGAGUACAGGGCAUCAAGUCAGUCCUGAGAGACUCCAGUUUCCAGAGCAAACAGAUGGGCCGCAGAGAGAACAAGAUCCUCAACAUGGAGGGACGAGUUCAGUUUGACCUGCUCCAGGUGCUGCUGAGGGACUACAAACUGCGCUCGUACACACUCAACGCCGUCAGCUUCCACUUCCUGCAAGAACAGAAGGAGGAUGUUCAGCAUUCUAUCAUCACAGAUCUGCAGAAUGGUAAUGAGCAGACCCGGAGGCGCCUGGCGGUGUACUGCCUGAAGGAUGCCUACCUGCCCCUGCGUCUGCUGCAGAAGCUGAUGUGUGUGAUCAACUACAUGGAGAUGGCCAGAGUCACCGGGGUUCCCCUCACCUACCUGCUCUCCAGAGGCCAGCAGAUCAAAGUGGUGUCCCAGCUACUGCGGCAGGCAAUGAAACAGGGGCUGGUCAUGCCAGUGGUGAAGCCUGAGGGAGGUGAAGACUACACUGGAGCUACAGUCAUUGAGCCAGAGAAAGGAUACUACAGCGUCCCCAUCGCCACCCUGGAUUUCUCCUCGCUGUAUCCCUCCAUCAUGAUGGCCCACAACCUCUGUUACACCACCCUGCUUCAGAAGGGCUCAGCGGAGAAGCUGGGUCUGACCCCAGAGGACUUCAUCAAGACUCCCACAGGAGACCUGUUUGUUAAGAGCUCGGUGAGGAAGGGACUUCUGCCUGAUAUCCUGGAGGACCUGCUCUCUGCCAGGAAGAAGGCCAAAGCGGAGCUGAAAAAGGAAACGGAUCCUUUCAAGAAACAGGUCCUUGACGGUCGACAGCUCGCUCUCAAAAUCAGCGCCAACUCCGUCUAUGGCUUUACAGGGGCUCAGGUGGGCAAGCUGCCCUGCCUUGAGAUCUCACAGAGUGUGACUGGGUUUGGCAGACAGAUGAUUGAGCAGACCAAACAGCUGGUGGAAUCCAAGUACACCAUCGCCAACGGUUACCAAGCCGAUGCCAAGGUCAUCUACGGGGACACGGACUCCGUCAUGGUCAAACUGGGCGUGGACACUGUGAGCAGGGCCAUGGAGGUUGGGAGGGAGGCGGCAGAGUGGGUCUCCUCCCACUUCACCCCUCCCAUCAAACUGGAGUUUGAGAAGGUGUACUACCCCUAUCUGUUGAUCAACAAGAAGCGCUACGCAGGCCUCUACUUCUCCUCCAGCGCCGACACUCACGACAAGAUGGACUGCAAGGGUAUCGAGACGGUCCGCAGAGACAACUGUACCCUGGUGGCCAAUCUGAUCAAUACCUGCCUGCAGACCAUUCUGAUAGACAGAGAUCCCCAGGGUGCGGUGGCCCAUGCCAAAGAGGUGAUCUCUGACCUGCUGUGUAACCGCAUCGACAUCAGCCAGCUGGUUAUCACCAAGGAGCUGACCCGCACAGCCCAGGAGUACGCUGCCAAGCAGGCGCAUGUGGAGCUGGCUGAGAGGAUGAAGAAGAGAGACGCGGGUAGUGCCCCCCAACUGGGAGACAGAGUUCCCUAUGUCAUCAUCAAAGCUGCCAAAGGAGUAGCAGCAUAUAUGAAGUCUGAGGAUCCAAUCUAUGUUCUGGAGAACAACAUUCCCAUUGACACCCAGUACUACCUGGAACAACAGCUCUCCAAGCCACUGCUCCGCAUCUUUGAGCCCAUCCUGGGAGAGAGCAAAGCAGAGAGCGUUUUACUGAAGGGGGAUCACACGCGCUGUAAGACAGUGUUGACCUCCAGGGUGGGGGGGCUCAUGGCCUUCGCCACCAAGAGGAGCGCCUGUAUCGGUUGCAGAGCAGUGCUGAAGGACGAUGCGGCUGUGUGUGAUUUCUGUAAGAAGAAGGAGUCGGAGCUGUACCAGAAAGAGAUCUUCCACUUAAGUACUCUGGAGGAGCGCUUCUCUCGCCUGUGGACACAGUGUCAACGCUGUCAGGGCUCUCUCCAUGAGGAUGUGCUCUGUACCAGCCGGGACUGUCCCAUAUUCUACAUGAGGAAGAAGGUGCAGAAAGAUCUGGAUGAUCAGGAGAAGCUGGUGUCUCGCUUUGGAUGGUGAGAGACAGAACCAACAGACUCCAUAUUCACCGGCUCCCCUCUCUCUCCACUCCUCCUCGUUCCCUCUCCAGGAAAGGAUUUGUACUCUAUUGUCUUGCAAGAAUUAUAAAUGUUACACUAUUUUAUUGAAAUAUGAAUCUAAAUAAAUGGCAUUUUUUUGUAGAAA